AUGGUUUUGAGCUCUGCAAACAACUUUGCAAGCUUGAAGUCAGUUAUGAACACAGUUGAAAAUGAGAACUCCCCAUGUUUAAGCCACCAACUUUCCUCUGUGUCCUCUUUGUCUCAGGAUUCAAAAGCCCUGGCAGAGGCAAACGGCCAUGCUGAUGAUGGGAAUGAUAACCAGCCUGAUAUUGCAUUGGGUUUGAGUCUUGGGAUCGGGAGCGGCUGUUAUGAUGGGGGGCAGGGUAGGCUAGGUGAAGACUUUGAUCUCCCCAAGGAAGGCGGAUGUGGGAAGCCUUCCAAAACAGUUGGUGAGAGCACAGGGUCUGCUCAAGAAGGGUUUUGGGAAGCUCGCACUUACCGAUGUUUGUUCUGUCCUAGGAAGUUCAACAGUUCUCAGGCAUUGGGGGGGCAUCAAAAUGCUCAUAAGAAGGAAAGGACAGCAGCAAGGAGGGCUCAAAGAUCGCAUUUGAAUAUUCAACAGAGGUUCUGCAGCUUAGCACCUUCACCGCCAUUUUUCGCUCCUCAAUUUGCUCCAAAUUCCAGAAUUUUGAAUAGUUGCCUCUCUAUAAGUGCCCAUUCUGCAACCAUUCAAGGAGGAGUAGGAGGGGCACUUGGAGGAGGAGGGGGAAUAGAUGGAUGGGUUCGCCCUGUUGUUGGGAAUCAGCUCAAUGUAGGUAGAUAUUUUCCGUCUGACCUCUCGGAAGAAGUUGAUUGCAGGGGUGGAGCUCCCUAUGGCUUAAACAUAGGCUAUGGCUUCCCCGAGGAGGAAAUGGGUUUUGUGAAAUGGCCCUGUAGCUUUCGUCAUGCGGUGGAACCAAGAGGAGAUGGCUUGGUUUCUCAGAAAAGGAUCCGAACUGGGGAUGCCCACUUCUCUGAGACAGGUUUGGCUUUGCCAUCAGAUGAUCAGAAGCUAGACUUAUCUUUGCGUUUGUGA